AUGGCUGAGGCAGAACCAUUCUUAGCAGAUGGCAAUCAGGAAUUAUUUCCCUGUGAAGUCUGUGGAAGAUGCUUUGCAGCAGAUGUUCUGGAAAGGCAUGGACCAAUAUGUAGAAAACUGUUCAACAAAAAGCGUAAAGCUUUCAAUUCCUUAAAACAAAGAUUACAGGGCACUGACAUUCCCACUGUGUGGAAGGCUUCUCAAUCCAAGCCUCAACCCAUGAGAAAAUCUAACUGGAGACAACAACAUGAAGACUUCAUUAAUGCGAUUCGAUCAGCAAAGCAGGGUACACUAGCCAUUAAAGAAGGCCGGCCUCUCCCACCUCCACCCACUCCGUCCAUCAACCUAGAUUAUAUUCAGUGUCCAUAUUGUAUGAGGAGAUUUAAUGAAACCGCCGCCAAUCGACACAUUAAUUUCUGCAAGGAUCAAUCUUCUCGCCGAGUCUUUGAUCCAGCCCAGGCAGCAGCCAAAUUGGCAUCCAGGGUACAGGGUAGGGUUCAGAUGAGUCCAGAAAAAGGAACAACUGUAACCAGUGCCGUGGGAGCUCUGCUGCAGAACAGGGCCCAGGAGGCCAGUGUGGUCCCAACCAGGCCAGCAGUGGACCCUACUUCUGGAGCAAAAUUCAGGCAAGGAUUUACUAAAUCUUCUAAAAAAAGAUUAACUCCUAGAGGCCAGGAAAGGGGAAUGAUUCUUCAUUUUGACCUGGAAGGUUACUGCCCUGUCCCUUUUUCCAAACAAGGACAGUUUCCUGAGAUUGACACUGAAUAGGACUGCUAUGAAGUUGGAGACUUUCUGAUAUGUGAAUUGUUAAAACAAUUGAAAAUUUAAAGAGGCCUAUAUUACUUAACAUCCUCAAUGUGGAAACAACGGAGUUCUAAAGUAAAUCAGGUAUGUGUUCCGGAAUUGACUGAAGACUCGUAAGCCACAUAAAAGUAUUUAUGGAAGCUUCUGUAAAUGGAAUUUGGGAAGCUUUAGCUGAGGGGAGCUGCCACUCUACCACCCUCCGCUUGCUCUGGGAGAUUGCCUUCCCUUGGAGAGUGAAACCGCAGUUUAAGGAGCCACCAUGUCAGUUCCACACAUGCAGCAGCCCAGCCCCAGGGAGCUGAUCUACAAUGCCUGCCACCCUUUAUGGUCAGCAGCGUCACCUCUAAGGACUGUGAACCACGGUUUCUCACAUGUGGCUAAUGUGCUGCUUUAAUGGGCAAACGAACUCAAGGUUUCCCUUUCUCUACCCAAUCCCACCCUAUUGAGAGGUAAAACAAGCAAAAAUAAACAGUUAUUAUGGGGGCAUAUUUUCUGAAGAAAUCCCAAUAUGAAAUAAUUUCUAAUUUGUACUAGAAAUUAAUAGUAAACACCAUUGUAAAACGGGAUCAUGGUAGCCUCGCCUAGACAAAACUUCAGUAGCUAGUAUUCUGACCUAUAUCUCAGAAAUAAAUUACAUAGCAUUCUGGAAGGAUUCAGAAUGUUAUACAGUAAUUUUUAGAACUAAGUUCUUAGCACUGUGAAUUUAAUGAAACAUAUAAGCGCCUACCUUAAAUCAUAAUUAUUUUACUCAAAAAAAAAAAAAAGGGUGGAGGGGGUUAGUUUCUAAUAGAUGCUGAAUGGAGGUCAGAAUAGUAGUUUCUGUAGGGGAUGUAAUGACCAGGAGGGGGCAUGAGGGAGCCGGCUAAGGAGCUGGAACUGUUUUCUGUCAUCUCCAUGUGGAUAGUUCCGCGGUAUGGUUGUAUAUAAAAAUUGAUCAAGCCAUUUGCAGAAUUUGUAGAGUUUAUUAUAUGUAAGAUAUAUCUUCAUAUAGAAAGCCUCUAAACACAAAAGACAAAAGGAGCUUUAAAAAAAGGUUAGGUUUUAUAUUUUAAAAACUCAUUAGAUACCAAAUUCAAGAGAUAUAGUUACAUUGUAAAACGUUAUCUUUUUUGAAUAAAACUAAUAUUGACUUAAAUGAUGAAUUUUAAAAUGCAUUUACUUAUUGGUGAUUAAAAAUACUUAAGCAGAGUAGUAUUUUAAGCCAGA